AUGAAUAAAUUUUUAAUUGCAUUAUUGGUAUUAGCCACAUUAGCAGUUUCAUUUUCACAAGAAAUUGGUGUUUCAAUUUUAAAAACUGAUACACCAAAAGGUGAAUGUAAAGGUAAAACUGCCUCAAUUGGUGAUUAUAUCAGUUUAAAAUAUGUUGGUAAAUUCGAAGACGGAACUGUCUUUGACUCCUCUGAGAUUCACGGAGGUUUCAGCUUUAACUUCACCAUUGGAGAACGUAAAGUUAUUCCAGGUUUAGAGAUUGGUACAAUUAAUAUUUGUGAAGGUGAAAAACGUUCAAUCAAGAUUCCAUAUCAAUUAGCAUACGGUGAAAAUGGUAUUGAAAAUGCAAUUCCACCACGUACAGAUAUUUAUUUUGAUUUGGAGGUUGUUUCAAUCGAAGGAGCACCAGCUCAACCAUUUUAUUAUCAAUUAAUUCCAUCAGUUGGUACCAUCAUUGCUUUUUCAAUGUUAGCUGGUUUCAUAGUUUUAGUUAAAUUCAUCAUUAAACGUUAUCCAGAUGAAUCAAAUUCUAAAAAACCAGCCCCAGGUAAACCAAAGAAAACAAAAGCAGCAAAACAAAACUAA